AUGCCCAGCUUGACAUGCGAUGAAGCACAUAAAACACUGUCGAAUGAACUCAAAAUACUUCUUAAUCACCUUGCUGAGAAUAGUCGUGGAUGGUGCAAGGCAAAAGCGAUCAAGGAACAGCUACAGCAUAAAAUCAAAGUUGUAACAAGGAAUGCUACAAGUACAAUAGCAAAAGCUUAUUACAUAUUAAGUGGUUGUGGGAUCCCAAAACAUUUCUGGAUAGAUUACAAAAAUUUAGAUCAUAAUAUCGAUAAUGAUGAGGAGAAUACAGAUCUUUUGGAACAAUCAACUAGUAAUACAAAAACUUAA